AGUCUGUCUAUCCUUGGUAGUUUCUGCAGCUUGAAUUAAGCAGUAAGGCGUUUUUGAUGCCGUUCGCAAAAGCACAAUUACUACUUGGGAACUCCCCGACCUUGUGCGCUAGUAUCAGAAAGGUUUCAAGUUAAUCCGAUUUACCGCCGGGAGAUAAAAAUCAGCUUUCGCAUUUCAGAGCGUCUUAAUCUUCGCGCGUGUGUGUGGACGUAAUGGCUGGUACUGAGAUGACAUCUAACGCUAAAAAGCAGCACUAUUAAGGCAAGUAGAAGCCCCAGUGUCCCUUAUUAAGCCUAUCCCUAUUUAACAUGACCCGUGGUCAAAUUUCACAUCUAUGAUGCCAAGCGUGGGUAGUUAUGUUUAGUUAGACUGUUUGAUGUACUGUAUGUGUUGACGUGAAGGCGUAUACGCACUACAUUGAAAGGUUCCAAGAAAGCGACUGCUUCCCACACACACAGUACACAGAACCGUCCCCUUUGAAACUGUAAGCGUGCCAGCCAUGGUUUUAGAAAAUCCAGGAGCCCUCGUGCUGUGUUAGCCAAAUUCGACCGCGCGACCCCGGCUAUAUUUAACUUGCCUUUUUCUUCCGACGAACGCUCCGCUCGCAAAUGAGGCCACUAAUCUGAAGGUGGCAAAAUUUUGGCGAUGAGAGGGAAGUGAUUGAGAGGUUGGGACUACUUGAAUGAAUAUGGAACAGAACAGUUCGUCAGGCGGUGCUCCCAGGGCAUCCCCGGCCGUGCCUGUCAGAAACCGUAGGCUUCCACAGAGACCGUUUGACUACAAGUUCCAGCUGAUUCUGAUCGGGGACCGAGGAGUCGGGAAGACGUGCAUAUUGGAGAGAUUUUCAGACGACACAUUCAGCAUAUCCAGUAAAUCCACCGUAGGUGUGGAUUUUAAGAUCAAGACGAUCAAAACAAAAGGAAAGACGAUACGACUGCAGAUAUGGGACACAGCGGGCCAAGAGAGGUUCAACUCCAUCUCUGCCGCCUACUACAGAGGCGCCAAGGGUGUGCUGGUCGUCUACGACAUCACCAAUGAAGAAACAUUCGAAAACUUGCCAAAGUGGCUUAUGAUGAUUGACAAACAUGCUGCUCCUGAUAUAGAAGUUAUUGUCAUUGGCAACAAGAAAGACAAAGAAGAACUAAGACAAGUAAGCACAGAAAGGGGAGAAAAGUUCGCCUAUGAGCACAACUGUCGGUUCUGUGAAGUCAGUGCCAAAGAAAACUUGAACGUCAAAGACGUCUUCUUGAAACUGGUAGAUGAUAUUGUAGAUAAGGUGCCUCCGGAAAUUGCCCCUUUCGGUUUCGAAGACACAAAGUUGUCCUUACCUCGGUCGGAACAAGGCGGGAGGGAACCAUCCAGGGUCUUCUGUUGCACGACGGGAUAGGACUCACCAAGAACACACAGGACGUCCCUUCACGAUUCCAUCUCUUCACAUUUGCUACAGUCGUUUAAAUUGUUGGGAAAAGACUAUUUCAUCAAAUACAUGGGUGUAACAGACGUAUUGACUAUCAUGUGUACUAUAAUUAUAAGCCUUCGUACUUGCCUCUUUCCUCCGAACAAGUGUCUUAUGUUAAAGAAACCAUCAGAUAGAAUUGGAAUAGAGGAGUUAAAAUAAAAGAGUACACAUUAAAUGAAUGAUUGAAGAUAUAUUAUUUGAUACUUUGUACAAUUUUCUUGUACAACCGAUCUGAAAACAAAGCAAAGCCGUGGCCCCUAUCCUCUCUUGUUCUCAUCCUAUAUAAAACACAUGACGGCCUUACGAAGCACUUUUGUGUUUUGCCCCCAUCCCCCCCCCCCC